UUGAAAUGUGUGUCGGUCCAGGCGGCCAUUGUAAAAGUUUGUAUACUUACAGUGAUUUUGUGGUCACCAGCUGAUGCAGUGCCCAAAGUGACUAGGGUAACACCCCAGUGUGGCAGUAAAAAUGGCGGCACUCUCAUCUCAACGAUCGGUCGCGGUUUUUCGAGGAACUAUUUCAAUUUCGGUACAGGCAACGACAACCUAGGCAGCAAGGUGACGCUCACCUCCGCCAUUCAGAGUUAUGAGUGUACUCUUCACCCCGACGGCUCCCACGAAACCCAGAUCACAUGCUAUACCACGCCUAUGCCUGUAGGUGAGUACACCGUCAAGGUGACCGUAGAUGGAGAACCAGUCCCAGACAACAGUUACUGCGAUGUUGCAUCGAACUGUGUGUUUAAGGUGUCUGAUGAUUGUACACCAACAAUUGAUGCCAUCACACCGACCUCUGGGAUGCCUGGCGACUUCAUCACCAUUACAGGGGACCUUAUCACAUCAAAAUAUGGUUCCAACGAACCAAACGACGCACAGGAAAAGAUACUUAGAGUGUAUUUCGGAGGCCAGAAAUGUGAACUUCGUGAUGAAGAAAAGGAUGUUGUGUAUGGCAUUUACUUUGAUGGCUCCACUGGCUCUAUGAUGUGUAAAACAGAAGGAACCUACAUAGGCAACAAUAAUGUGAGCUUUCUCAUCAGCAAUGCAUAUGGCAGAUCUAUGCCCUCUGAUAAAGUUAAAUAUGUAAGAAGCAAUGGAAUAGCAAUGUACCAGACUUUUACAGAAAUAGCACAGUUGUCACAGAACACAGGUAGCAUAAAAGGUGGUACAAGAAUUACCAUUAGUGGCCAAUACUUCGAUGAAACAGAUGCUCCUGUCAAAGUACAAAUAAAUGAUGAUGUCUGCAAAACUGUAAAUUCAAUAACAAAGAAUGAAAUUGUUUGUGAAACACCAGCACAAAAAAAUGACUCACAACAACACUUUUCAGGCAAUCGUGGCUUUUAUGUUUACAUAAAGAAUGGUACAACAGAUGCCAGCAGUAUAGACAGGAGCACUGCCAGUGUUGAACAUGUGGAUCAAAGCAGUUGGUCAGCACAAAACUGGGGCUCACAUGCCAUUCAAAUGGUUGGCUACUUUGUACCAGUGUACAGUGGUACAUAUAGAUUUUGUGUCAAGUCUGCUUCUACUGCAACUGUGUACAUGAGCACAGACCGCAACCCAAAUAAUAAGGUUCAAGUAACCCAAGGUUCUAAAAUCACAUCUUGUAUUGGCAAAGAAUCAAAUGGAUACAUUCUUGAAGCUGGAAAACAAUACUAUACAGAAGUACAGUAUGGCAGUUCUCUCUCAAACUCCUAUGUAAAUUUAGUUGCACACUUUAUGGACACAACUUUGAGUAAAAGAGAGACAGGCUUUGCUGAGCAUGAGGUCCAGGAUUUACAGUUCAAAUCUGUUGUAACUAAUGAAAUCCAGAAAAUAGAAAUUUCUACAUCAGGGACUGCAACUUUAACUCAAGAUGUGCAGACCAUGACCAUUAGUGGAAACGCAGAUGCUUUUUUUGCAUUGGGUCUUGAUGGUGUUUACACAGUACCAAUGCAGCUGAGUAAGAUUACAGCUGACAUUGUAAAGACAGAGCUCAAGAAACUCCCUAGCAUUACAUUCGAUGUACUUGUUGCUUUAAGCCCAGUAGAUAGCUCUACACAACUAACUAUUACCACCUACUCUUCUAGAGGUGCUAUCAGUAACUUUGAGGGCCGUGUAGUCACUGGAUCCCCAGACCAGUUAAACUUUACUGUAGAAAGAACUACCAUGGGAAAGCCUGACUUAAAAACAUUUACCCUUGUGAUGGAUGGUGUUCCUUCUGAUCCCAUUAGCGUGUCUGCAACAGCCAAUGAUGUAAAGACUGCUGUGGAGAAAUUAUUGAGUGUUAGAUGUCACCCAUUGCUGAGUGUUGGCUCUGUUGUUGUUGACUAUGAAACAUCAAAAGACUGGAUCCAAGGGAGAGUUUCAGAUGAUGAGCCCUUCUGUGGAAGAUAUCUGGUUAAAAAUCCUCCCUACAUCUACCAUAAAGGCUUUGACACUAGUGCUACUGCGUUACCGAUUUCUACAACCAGCAACAGAUUUUUGUGCUUUGCUUAUAAGGGAUUGGUGGACUAUGUAAUUGUUUAUUAUGAGUACAAAAACUCAAAUAAUGACAUAAUCACAGCCUCAGUGAUUUAUAAAGUAUCAAAUGAAACUCCAGAUCAAUGGAGCUAUUCUUGCAAGGACAUUUAUUCACUAAUCAAUAUUGUUGGCUCAAAAGUCCAGAGAGUUUUGGCUGUAAGGAAGGAUUACUCUAAAGAUUUGUUGAUUGAUCAGCUCAUGUUUCACAGAGAGGCUAUAUUGCCAGAUGCAUUGAAAGAUGGCAUUAAUCUUUUGCGCAUGCCUCAAGCUCAACCUAAUGGAGUUUUCUUUAAUACUGUCAUUGUAUCAGGCCAAUAUCCAGCUUAUCUUAUUCAGCUCAAUCCUCAUCAUUGUGGUUACAACAUUUCUCUCUUCCAAGUUGCAUCUUCCACAUAUGCUGAUUCAACAUAUACUGUUACAAAUGUUGGUUCAGUAACAGUCAAGAUAACUUCAGUACAAACAGCAUCACCUCCCAUCGGAGGGAAAUACUCUGUAACCUUUAAAGGUGACACCACACCAGAUCCCAUACAAGUGCCAGAAGAUAUUGUAGCAGACAAUCUAAUCGGAGGUCUUGGUACAAUGUCUGUUGGGUUUAGUGAUGUACAGGCUUGGGGAACAUGCUCAGAGUUCACACUCAGGGUCACAAUGUUGUCCCAGACUGGUGACCAACCUUUGUUGGAGGUUGAUGGUAGUCAGUUAACAGGCGUUAACGCAACAGUUCAAGUACAACCAGUGCAAGAUGGAGGGUUAUGGUUUGAGCCUAUAAUGGGAGACUUACUACGCACAUACCACACCUCACCACAAGUGAUAGCAUUCAUCAACAAUGUCCCUACAAGAUGUAAAGAUAGAACUGCUUGCACUUUUAAUUGGGACAAUGGUAUCACUCCAUUGAUUACUUCUAUAGACCCAACAUCAGGUUCUCUUGGUCAUGAAGUUGAAAUUACGGGUUCAGGAUUUGACUCUAGCUCUGUGGACUACAAUCAAGUGAUGAUUGGGAAUACAGUAUGUAAUGUCACAGCUGCUACAUCUACAACAAUCACAUGCACAGUUGGCAAUGGCCCUACAGGUGCUGCAGAUGUCAAAGUUAAUGUUAAAGGCAAGGGGCUGGCUUCAGGAUCUGUUCAGUUCCAAUACAUUACAAGUGUGACCUCUUUGACCCCUAGCAGUGGAAGUGUGGAAGGUGGCACAAUACUCACCAUAUCUGGAUACGGCUUCACGUCUGAUGCUGAGGUGACUGUUGUGGGGAAGACAUGUCAGAUAGUAACAAUCAGUGAAUCCAUGAUCACAUGCAGAACUCCUAGAGCUGAAAGAUACGACAGUAUACAAAAUGCAGAGGUUAAUGUAACACAAUUUGGCAGCUCUUUGAUUGCUGGUAGCUUCCAAUAUAACCCAAGUUUGGACUACACUCCAGUCAUUUCAUCAGUUUCACAAUACACCAGCAGUAUUUGGGGUGGUGGCAUAAUCACAAUUGAAGGUGAUGGAUUUGGUGAAGUAGAGCAACCUGUUCUUCUUGGGGGUGUGAAGUUGGUUGUAAGAACCUAUGAAAAUCAAAAUAUUCUUGCUAUACUUCCACCUUUGCCAGAUGGUUCUUAUCAGAUAAUUAUAGAUGUCAAGGACAAAGGAUAUGCUGAUCUAAGGACACACAAUAUUUCUGAUAUUGUGUACACCUUUAAAGUAACAGGGAUGACUCCUACAUUUGGAUCACUUUAUGGAGGCACAGAUCUUACCAUAACUGGUGUUGGCUUCAGCACCAACAGCUCUGCUAUGGAUGUUUCUAUUGGGCCUCAUGAUUGUAACAUUGCCAAUUUAUCUGAGACACAAAUAGUUUGCAGAAUUGCUGAUACAGGAGUUCAUCAUGACAUUUCAGCAACAGGAAUCCACAAAGUGUAUGGUUAUGGCUACGCAUGGGAUAAAGAUCCAUACACCAUAAAUGUUGGAGACUAUGUCACAUGGCAUUGGGAAACACCUCAGUAUAUUUCUGACAUUGGCUAUGGUGUUCACCAGACUGAAACACCUUCUGAUAUAAGCAACAAACCUGGAGGAUUUAGUUCCGGCGAAAAAAAUAGAAUAGGAACUUUUACUCAUCGCUUUACAACUCCUGGUGUCUACUACUACUGGUCUGGUUUCAUGGACUCGGAAGGCUCAAUCUACUUUAGAGGAACAAUCAAAGUUGAAGCUUUGCAAUCAUCCACCAUGUCAUUGUCAGUCAAGUUUCUUGGAUACGAGGCUGUUUAUGACACUUCUACUCCAGUAACUGCAGAAGAAACUGAAUGUCCAUCUUCAUCCAACAAACUGCCUGACUGUACUGAAAACUUACCCCUUGUAAUGAAUGACAAAUUUUACUUCCAAUUCUUGAAGUGUUAUUCUCCAUACAUAAACUCCAUUAGUCAAAACAAUGGAACCUUCACUGAUAACAUAACACUCACUGGUGAUGGAUUUGGCACAGAAAACUGUCAAAAUGAGGUGAAAUUUGCUGACUCAUCUUGUGAGAUACUCAACAGUGCUACAAACACCAUAGAACUCCGCAUGUCUAAGAAUGCUAAGCCACCUAUUGGAGUGAUGCAUGAGUUUACAACAAGAGUGGGAAAUCUAGGCUACGCCCUUGUGACCAUUGCUGAUGUAAACAGCCAGAGAUUCGGUCUCUUACCUCAAGUAGAUAGCAUUAGUCCUGCUGAAGGUUCCAAAGUUGGUGGCACAAAAAUAACAAUUUCAGGUGCUGGCUUUGUAGGGAACAUAGCUACAGUUUCUGUAGAACUGGAUUCCCUGGAAUGCAUCAUAAAAUCAGUAACAUACACAGAGAUAGUUUGUGUGACCAGCUGUGGUUCUGCUGCUCCCUCCAGUUGCCAUGAAGGCGAUGUUAACGCUGUUGUUAAAGUUGCUGUGGGAAGUGUUCAUGUACCUGCCAUCUGUGAAGGCACAAACUGCAAGUUUACUUUUUCGGAUCUUAAAACAGCAACUGUUACAGACAUAUCUCCAAACACAGUGUCACAGGCCUCCACACAACUAACCAUCACUGGCACCAAGUUUGGUACUGCAGCUGAAAAUGUCCAAGUUAAAAUUGGUAAUGAAAGCUGCACUGUUGAUGGUGAUGUGUCAGACACUGAGUUCAAGUGCACGGUUGGGAGAUUGCCAGUUGGAGAAAAUUUUGUCUAUGUCUCUAUAGCAGAGGCUGGUUUGGCUGAAACAUCUGUGAAAAUUACCAGUGAAAAAGUGGCGACUAUUUCUGAGCCAGCCAAAAGUAGCACAAACGGUGGUGCCCUACUUGUUAUUCAGGGCAAUGGAUUUGUUAAAGGCAAUACUGAAGUCAACAUUGGUGGAAGCUCAAAGUGUUUAAUUGUAGAUGUGGAUUUUAGUGGAGUCACAUGUACACUGCCUGCUCAUGCAUCUGGGACAGCAACAGUGACUGUCAUUUCAAGAGGGAUCACCUACGAUGCUUUAAGUUUAGAGUACAGUGAUGAUGCAACUCCACAAGUAACCAGCGUAAGCCCAACCAGUGGAACAAGUGGAGAAGCUAUCAUUAUCACAGGAAAUAAACUAAAAUCCCCUGCAGGCUUGACUCCUACUGUUAAAAUUGGUGGAGCUGAAUGCAGUGUUACAGAAUCCGGGGAAACUUCCAUUAAAUGUACAGCUGGGGAUCAGAUGACCGGUCAGUUUGAUGUUGAGGUUUUAGUUGCAGGGUUGGGAUUGUCCAAUACUGAUGUCCAAUUUACAUAUAGUAUAGGACAAUUUGAAAUCAACCCAACUCAAGGCAGCACCAAUGGAGGACAAGUAGUAACACUGACUGGGUCUGGAUUUCUUAAAGGAAAAACAACUGUCACCAUGUGUGGAGCUGUGUGUCAAGAAUUAAAUGUUACCACAUCUCAGUAUACUUGUAGAACAACUGGUCAUGCAGCUGGGGCGUGUGAUGUUGUAGCUGUAGUGAACAAUCUUUCUGAAACAAAAACAUCUGCUUACACAUACGAUUCUACUUUGGACUCAAGUAUAACUUCAGUUAAUCCAGUCCGAGGUGGAACAGGGGGAGGAACUCUGUUAACAAUAUCAGGCACAAACUUUGGAGAAUCUGUUAGUGACAUUCAUGUUGAGAUAGCUGGUGUUGUGUGUGAUGUCAAAACAGUGAGCAACACACAAAUUACUUGUGAGACUGGAGCUGCUUUUUCAGUCAUUGCUCAGGUUGAAGUUCAGCGUAAUGGCAACGGAUUGGCUAAACAGCUGAAUGCCACGUAUCAAUACAUUGAUGUUUGGUCAAGUCCAUACACUUGGGGAAAUGCACCCCCUCCAGGUGAUGGAGAGUUUGUCAUCAUACCAGCUGGACAAACUAUUCUGCUAGAUGAAAACACUGGUGUUUUAAAAAUGUUGCUAAUUCAAGGUGGCAAGCUGAUCUUUGAUGAAAAGUCAGUAGAGUUGAAAGCAGAAAAUAUUCUAAUCACAGAUGGUGGACUUUUACAGGUUGGCUCAGCUGAUAAACCUUUCCCUAAGGAGCACAAAGCUAUUAUAACAAUGUAUGGUCAUCUGCGAUCUAAAGAAUUACCAGUUUACGGAGCUAAAACCCUGGCAGUGAGAGAAGGAACUCUGAACUUGUAUGGAAAUCCCGUGACUGUAGUAUGGACCAGGCUUGCUAGUACAGCUGAAGCUGGUACAAAAGUUUUGACACUACAGCAUGAAGUAGACUGGAAGGCUGGGGAUGAGAUUGUCAUUGCAACAACAGGAGAUAGACGUAGUCAGAAAGAAUCAGAGGUUCGAGUAAUCGAGUCUGUUAGUGGAAAUCAGGUGACUUUGACAGUAGCUCUCACUUACAAACAUCUUGGAAUUGAAGGCACAUUUGAUGGUCAAGUUGUAGAAUUCAGGGCUGAAGUUGGUCUACUAACCAGAAACAUUGUAGUUAGAGGAGACAGAAAUACAGACUUUGAUUAUACAAUUCCAGCUUGUCCUAAUGGUUUUGACACAGGGGAAUUUGCAACUCAGACUUGUUUCCAAGGACGUUUUGGUGAAGAAAUUGGUUCAGAUCAGUUUGGUGCUCAGAUCAUGGUCCAUCAAAUGGAGAAAGAUACCCAGGUUGCUCAAGCGCACAUUCAGUAUACAGAAUUAACUUACUCUGGUCAAGCUUUUAGACUUGGACGUUACGCUAUCCACUUUCAUCGCAAUGGCAACAUGGACAAGUCUUUUGUUAGAGGAUGCAGUAUUCACACUAGUUUCAACAGAGCUGUUAACAUUCAUGGAUCUCACAACAUUUUGGUAGAAAAUAAUGUCAUAUAUGACAUAAGGGGUGGAGCAUUCUUCCUCGAGGAUGGCGAUGAGACUGGCAACAUAUUUCAGUACAAUCUUGCAAUUUUUGUACGUUCUUCCACUUCUCUCAGAAAUGAUGAUAUAACUCCUGCUGCUUUUUGGGCAACCAAUCCAAACAAUACUAUCAGACACAAUGCCGUGGCAGGUGGAACACAUUUUGGAACUUGGUAUCGCAUGCAUUUCAAUCCUGAUGGUCCUGGAUUUGAUCCAAAUAUAUGCCCACAGUCUACACCUUUAGCAGAAUACAGAAACAAUACAGCCCAUUCACUUGGAUGGUUUGGGCUUUGGAUUUUUGAGACCUACGUGCCCAGAGAGGAUGCUAGCUGCAGCUCCUCUGCUCAUAAAGUUGCAAAAUUUUACAAUUUAACAGCUUGGAACUGUGAUAAAGGAGCUGAGUCAGUUAACAGUGGAGCUGUCCAGUUUCACAACUUUGUGCUGGUAAACAAUGAAAAUGCUGGAUUUGAAGGCAAACUAAUUAUAAAAUCCCCUCCUCAGUAUGAUCCAGAAAAUGGUCCAGGAAUUUUUGAUACUACAAUAGUUGCUCAUUAUAAUGACAAUCUGGAAGGGGGCAUAACAAAUGGGGGUAUUGUAAUACCUUAUCAAAGUGGACUGUUAAUUCAAGGAGUGAAGUUUCAUAAUUUUGACCAGCCUGGUAGAGCAGCAUUUAGGUGGACACGUAUUGCUGGGGUCUGUAUGGAGUUCUGUGGAGGAUUUACUACAGAAACUAAUGAUCUCAAGUUUUUUAACUCCCCCUACAAAGUAAGAUAUGACUGGGAAUCAGAAGGUGUUCUUCACGAUCAAGAUGGUUCACUAACAGGAUCUGCAGGCUUUAGCGUAGUACCAUACACACCAUCUUUGGACAACACAAAAUGUGUAAACAAUACAGAGAUGUCUGUCAAUCUGCCUGGUUGUGUUUGUUCAAAUGAGAUUAAAUUUAUCAGGUUUUCAUUCAAUAAUAUAGUUCCCUCAUCACUAAAUGGAAAAAAUGCCUUGUUUACAUCAGAAUUUGGUACUAGCAAAUCUCCAUUUGCCCCUAAGCGUAUCACACAUCCUCAUGGCUGGGCAAUGGUUCUGAUGGCAAAUCAUUACUACCAAUUUUCUUUCCAAGAUGCAGGACAGAUGAGCAACAUAAGCUAUGAUAGUGUUUUUUACCAUUUUGAUGCGGGAGAUUUCAUUGCAUUCACCCAGCAUUCUGCUCAGAAACCAGACAUUUUUAUGCUAGAUGGAAGUACAAAGAUCAACAUGUCAACUUCCAUGUUGUCUGGCUCAGAUGUGAGCCAUGGACAAUGGUUCUACAAUGAUGAUGACAGCACUAUCACUUAUGCAGUAAAGAAACAAAGUAAAAGGAAAAGAGCUAUAUAUUUGACUGACAAGGACAUAAGCAUCAAAGCUCGCAUGAUACGCUGCUAUUACCUAGCAUGUCAGCCACCACUGGAUCCAAUGGAUAUACUCACUCGCCCUGAAUACACGGAGUAUUGGUCCAGUAAGAGCACCUGGGCCAACUUGACCAAAAAUGGACUUGAGCCAGAGGCUAUGUCUGACUUAACUAUUCCCAAAAAUAAAUGGAUCUUGGUUGACAAGCCAAUACCAAAACUGGGAAAACUGGUGAUUGAAGGAGGCUUAGAAUUCUUGGACAAUUCUUCCACUUCCUUUGAAUUGAAUGCCGAAUACAUUCACAUAACUGGCAGACUCAUAGCAGGGUGGUCAGAAGACUCACCAUUCAAGAGUAAAUUGGUCAUUACACUAAGGGGAAAUCAGUCAUCUCCAUCAUAUCCUCAGACAGAUGGUCCAUCCCUCGGAGCUAAAUUUAUAGGCGUUUUUGGUGGACUACAACUACAUGGUGAGGAUCGAGGCAUUAUCAAAACAAAACUAGCAGCCACAGUUUCAAGCGGGAAUCAAAUCACAGUAGCAGACAAGGUUGCUUGGGUACCAGGAGAUGUGAUCCUUGUAACAACCACUGACUACAAUCCUUGGCACACAGAGACCUUCACGGUCAACGCUGUUAGUGAUUACACAAUUACCCUCAAUGAUACCAUCAAGUACAAGCAUAUUGCUCAUAGUGAGAAUGUAAAUGGUGUACUGAUUGACUUGAGCGCCACAGUGGCACUGUUGACACGGAACAUCAGGAUAGAAGGGGAAGACUAUCCAAAUUUAAUCAAAGAAUCUUUUGGAGCAAGAGUUGUUGUUGGGCAAGCAAGUUAUGCUGGUGAUCAAAGAAGUGGUUUUGCACAGAUUUCCAAUGUAGAGUUUUUCCACACUGGUCAGGAAGGUUUUAGUGCAAGCUAUGAUGCCAGGUUUUCCAUUACCUUUGCUGAUGUGACAAGUACACCAGGCAAGACAAGGUAUUCCUAUGUCAAGAAGAGCUCUUUCUACAGCGGCUUCAACACCGCCAUUGGUGUUUUUGCUGUUGAUGGUUUAGAGGUUGACAAUAACAUUGUCCAUCAUACAGUUGGUGCUGGUAUCCGAACAGAAGCAAAGUCCACCCGCAUCACCAACAACCUUGUUGCGUUAAGCAUUUGGCCUGGUUCAUAUCUUGAUCGACAAGAAAAAAGUAAUCCAAGUUAUGAAGGAGCAAUUGAGGCUAUACUGGCUGAAAAUCUUGUCCUUGCUAAUAACACAGUAGCUGGGUCUGAAAGAAUUGGCUUUCAUGUAGCUGGACAGUUUUGUAAUACAACUCAAAGUGAGCUUUGGAGCAACAAUGUGGCUAUUGGAGGACUGAUGGGUGUGUGCAUAUUCCCUGAAGAAAAAGCCAUAGAUCAAAAAUGUGUAGCCUAUAGUGGCUUCACAGCAUGGAAGAACCUGGACUUUGGAAUUUACUACAAUAAUCUUGCCAGUGUUGUGAUCAAGAAGAAUGUGCUCGUGGAGAAUGGUGUUAAUGUUUGGCCAGCUGUGAUUCAGCCAAGUGCUACACUUCAUGCCUAUGAAGAUAAAUUUGUUGAGAUAACUGACAACAUUUUCAUAGGAAAGACAUCAACAUUUUCUGAAACUCUGGAUGUUAUUGACCCUAAUGAUGAUAACAUCAAGUUUAGUGAAAACUCCAGAGGACACGGAUCAUUGGCACCAUGUGGGAAAAUUGGUGUUGAGAUGACCUCCUUUUCCAGUGGAUCAAACAAAGCCCCAACAAUGAAUGUGGUUGCCAUUAUGAGUUAUCCCGCAAUAAAAGGAAUCACCAUAUUAAAAAAGAACAGUUUUGUGAACUUCCAUGCAUGCACUGGGACCAGAGAUUAUGCCAUUACCACAAAUAAGAACAAUGAUGAUGGCAACCAUCCACUGCAAAUACAACAGACAACUCUGAUCAAUGUUGAAGCCACUUCAAAAUUAUUCUUUCAUCCUCCUAAUGUUGACAAAAUCAACCCAGCCGACUGUGUGGAUAUGGACUGUGAUGCACUUAAAAAGUGUAUGAUUCAAGACUUAGAUGGAACUUUCCUAGGUCAUGUUGGUACUGCUCUACCAGACUCAGCUUAUGAAUGGGAUGGGAAUCAACAACAUGGUCUGGGAGACUACAGGAUUCCAACUAGCAUGCUGACGACAAGCACUGGAAAGAAAAUCGAUGUGCAAAGCUAUGCACCUCAUAAAGGAAUUUAUAAAACAGACAACUGCACUUGGAUUAAGGAAUGGCGAGCUUAUGAUUGUGGUAACAAUUACAGUUGGCGUCUGCUAAUCAUAGAGAGCAUGGACUAUGAUACUGAAACAAGACGUCUGAGCCCGGUAGCAAUAUAUAACCCUGAAGGAUAUGUAGAUCUUAUCAAUGGCCCACAGGAUCAUGGAUGGUGUUCUGGCUAUACAUGUCAAAAACGGUUGAGCACUUUCCAGGCCAUUGUAGCACUUGAUCAACCAUUUGAUAUUUACCUCACAAGUACUAACCCUGAUGUAAUGCGCUACAUGCUUUUAAAUUCUAAACCAAAUGAAUGUGUACGUUUGGGCAUGUAUUACACAACUCAAAAUAGACUUGAGGUAAGAGUAAAUGGCACCCUUGUGAUGCCCACUAAUGGGUACAUUGACAGUAAAGGAGCAUUCAGGCUUAAAACACAAGAAACAACUAACCAGUGGAUGCCUGAUGUCAGCAAUAAAACUAAUGGACAAAAUUUCCAAAGCCGUGCAGAAAGUAUGGUCUUCUGGAUUCAGUGCGGAGGAAGUGCAGAAAUAACCGUCACACAAGCACAAGUUAUUGUUGUAUCCUUCACACUUCCAGCAAUGACUGAGGAUGAGUUCUUUGGUGAAAAAAUUGUUCAAAACCUGGCAGCUUUUCUUAAUGUAGAUCCCAGGAAGGUCCGUAUUGUAAAUAUUGUACGAGCUACAUCAUCAAGUGGCAGACGUAAGAGGGAUGAACCUGUAGUAACAUUUGUGGUUGAAAUUGGUGAUGAACCUGGAGAAACUCCUGACAAUCAAUCAUUUGACUUCAGAGAAGCUGGAACUAAAAUUUGUCAUCAUGCUCAAGUACAUGGAAUGAGUAGUGUACUGAAUGCUACAGUGCUGUACACAGAAAUAUACCAGCCAAACACCACAGAUGGCCAACCAGUAGCCAUUCAAAAAGUUGGACAAAUGAUCAUGCAAAGUCAAAUCAAAGGAAAUGUUUCUGACGGUCAAGCUCUUAGUGUACAACCUAAGUUCAAGGUGUUGGAUGAAGAAGGAAAUCUUGUUGAAAACUUGAAUAUUUCCUCAACGGACUGGAUUAUUGAAGCUACCAUUAAGUCAGGAGGGAAUGAAUUUUCUAAGCUGUUAGGCUCAACAAGAGUUACCUUUGUGAAUGGAUGGGCCAACUUCACUGAUCUAGCAGUAUUUGGACAAGGUCGCUACACCUUGCAGUUUAGCAUUGUUUCACCCCCAGAAGCUACAAAUUUUUCUAUAACAUCCAACGUAAUUGAGAUCUUUGGGCUAAAAUUAAACCCUUCUGCUAAUCUGACUGCUGCUGUGCAAAUUACAAGUCAAUCAUUUAACCUAACUGUUGGAAUUACUGAAAAAGAAACUGGAUUACAGCUUCUCAAGACUCUAUGGACAAAUCUUCAAUGGAAAGCAAAUGUGACAAUUUGGCCUGACAAAAUCUAUAGUGGAAGCUUAAGUGGAACUGCAACAGUAAAUUUGGAUUCUUCAACAGCCACUGCAGUUUUCUCUGACCUGGAGCUUGACCAACCAGGCACUUGCCCAGUUUUAGUGACAAUAGUGUCAGAACCAGCCAUAUAUACAACAAAAAUGGUGGUUUUUGUUAAUGUGGUGACUCCAGCACAGAGAAGCCUCAGUGUAGAAGAAAGACACAGCAUAGAGAUCAAGUUUGACAUUAAAUAUAAUGAAACCACAGCCCUCUACUGGGCUACACAGGUCCGCAACUACUACAGCAUACAGCCAGAGAUGCGCAUAGUUAACAGCACUUAUCGUAGAGUUCCUGGCAGUCUGUUUGUAUCCUUGCUAAUUGAGGCUACAAAGAAAGGCUUCAAUGACACAUUGACGUUGUUGUGUGGUGACAUUUCAUCCAACAAGACGUUUACUUUUAAUACAACUGUAGCAUCCAUAUCCAGAUACAUGACAGUUGAUGAUAACACCUAUUUUGGUGUUAAAUGCGGUGGUCUUAUUACCAUGGAAAAUAAAAGAAAUCUAGAACCUGUUGCAGAAAUUAAAACUCCAAAUCGCCUGACAAACACUUCUGUGUUGGUGGAAUUGUCUCUGCAAGAUUUGGAUACAAAAACUAUUCUAACUGAUUUGAGCUGGGGAGAUUACAUGUGGACAGCAACUGCAAUUAAGUUGCCAAACUCUCCAUAUCAAGGCAAUCUAAGUGGAAACACCACUGUAAUCUUGGAUCCUCUAACUGGUAAAGGUGUUUUAGGCUUAAAGCUUGAUAAAGCUGGUAAAUGUCAAGUAUUAGUGACCAUUUCAUCCAAACCAAAUGACUACAACCUGACCAAAGUGGUUGAUGUUGAUGUCAUGACCCAUGAUCAGUUCAAUCUGAAAGUAGAAGAGAAACAUGGCUUAGAACUGAAGUUUGAUGUGGAAUACGAUGAAGCACGAGCACCUUUCUGGGCAGCUCAAGUCCGCAACUACUAUAGCCAAAAUUCACAUAUGCGAAUUGUUGGUGAAACCUGGCGCAAAGGAAGUUUAAUUGUUACAUUACUGAUUGAGGCUACCGCCACUGGAUACAAAGAGACCUUGACCACCAUGUGCAGUGACAUCAAGUCCACUACAACAUUUACCUUUGACAGCCUUAGUGCCCCAAUGGUUGGCUACAUGAAAAUUGAUAACGUGGACUACAUUGGUGGUGAUACAUGUGGUGAACCUGUGCUUCCCUUGGAUAAAGAACUAGAGACAAAAUACAUCAUCAUAAUUGUUGUGCUGAGUGUUGUUGUGGUAGCCCUUGUGGUGUUGUUACUUGUCUACAAGUUCUAUCUCAACCCCAAGGCCAAAACUUCUUCAACACCAUCUGGUAGCACUGCCUAUGUAAACCUGCUCUACAGAGAAGACACCUCCGCCAGCAUGAAAUCCAAUAACUUCAUCGUUCCACAUGUGCCACCUGCUCAAACUAUGUUAUUUACAACCACUAAUACAAUCAAAGAAAAUAUACAGAGCACUUAAUUCCAAUUUCUGAUGACCAAAUGUAUAAUUCAUGUUUUAAAACUUUUCUACAAUAACCAAUAAUAUUUAAUCCAAAUAGUUUCUUUAUAGAAAAAUUGUUGAUGAUUUUUAUUGUAGAUAUAUUCUAUCAAAAUAACUUUUUUGAUAAUUGAAAUACAAAGUAAUACAUUUUUUUUAUUUAAUAGUAAUAACUUACAAAAACAUUUUAAGCUAAGAAAUACCAUCCAAUUUUUAAUGACAGCUCUAUUAAGGCCCACUGUUUUUAUUUAGUUUAAAACCAGUCCUGUAAAGGCAGUUUUCAAACAAAUAGAAAAAAAAAAUGAUUUUAUAAAUUAGUUUCUUGUUCAUGUGUAACUGCUGAUGUAAUAUUUUUUAAUAAUUUAUUCCUUUUGUUAUUUAAUUCCUUUUCUUGAAUAUAGCAAAGUUUUUAAAAAUUACUUUCUUGUUGAAAUUUAUAAGUAAAAUAGUUAAGUUUUCUGCUUCCUGUGAUGUUUUUACAAAGAUUUUUCAAUAUUCAUAUACCUUUUUUGACGACAUUCUUUUUUGAGUGUAAAUUGUUUGUUAUAUUUAACCUCUGUUUCUAAAAGAGUUAUUGUAUUUCUCCCAGCUGUGAUAAUUUUAUACAUUUUAAAA